CAACGGCGCUCGCGACGCUCUUUCGUAACGCUCUGACAUUUACUCAGGUUUUUCGAAAACGAAACGACAGUUCAAAAGAACACGGGUUAACGCGCCGUAGUCAUACGCGAGGCGGCACGCUAUCAGUACGAGUAGUGUGUGAACCCAAUAUUACAACAACUCUCGCUUUUACUGCCAAUCCGAAUGCCACAAGAUCACCGACAUGAGCGACAGGCGUUGGGCCGAACUCACCAACUCCAAAACAGUUCUGAUGGAAAACCAAAGAAAAACAUGGGCCGAGAAAUCCAAAGGAAUACUCAAGGACAUCAGGAAUUUUUGGAUAGAAGUCACCGUAGAACCAUGCUUAUUUACUUACAUGCUUUGCACAGCACUUUCGUCGUUCGCCGUGCAGAAUAUGCAUUUGGAAAAAUCUUGUAGAGUUAACCUAAAUUAUGGGACUGAAAUUUGUGACAGAAUCAGGGACCGGAACGUCACAGGAUUGGAUGAACAAAUUAAAAAUAUUGAGACGUUAGUGGCUCAUGUGGUCGCUUGGAAGUUCCCGCUUCAGACUGCCAUUCCUGCUGUGAUGGUGCUUUUUGUUGGAGCGUGGAGUGAUAAGAACAAGAAAAGGAAGAUUUGUAUAUUAUUUCCCAUGAUCGGAGAGAUUAUUGCUAACAGCGGGCUGCUUUUGGCAACUUAUUAUUUUCAUGAAGUAUCUCUGACGGCGACGGUGCUUAUUGAAGCACUACCAGCAGCGUUUACUGGAAGUUAUAUAAUUAUAUUUAUGGGCAUGUACAGUUUUAUGGCAGACAGGACGUCUGUGGAGAGCAGGACUUUCCGUCUAGGGCUUGUGUCGAUUUGUAUCAGCUUAGGGACGCCAGUGGGGACCGUGUUAAGUGGAGUGUUACUAAGAAUUCUGGGUUAUUACGGUAUAUUUUCGUUGCUGUUAGUGUUGCAUGUUUGUUCAUUUUUAUACGGUGUUUUGAAACUUGAGGACGUUGUGUCUCCGGAAGAUGAUCGAGGUGAAGGUUGUGAUCAAGAGAACAAGUUUAAGAGGGCAAUAACUGAAGUGUUUGGGCUUGUUGUGAACACAAUGAUGGUGGCCUUCAAACCGCGGGCAUCUGGAGGACGUUUGGAGAUAUUUCUCAUACUUGGACUGUACAUCAUUAUGGUCGGCCCAUUAUACGGUGAUUCACAAGUAUCAUAUCUAUACGCGAUACGAAGAUUUAACUUCUCGGAGGUGGAAUACAGCCUUUAUGGUACCAUAAACAUCGUCCUGGGACUAGUAGGCACUUUCUUCUGCAUAUCAGUCCUCAGCAAGAAAUUCCAAGUAGAGGACAGCAUUAUAGGCAGCCUGGCGGGAGUGAGCAGGAUAGCAGCAUGCUUCGUGUUCGCGUUCGCGCCAACAAGGCAGUGGUACUACUCUGCCCCCCUAUUCAACAUCUUCAGUGGCUGUGGACUGACCGCCUUAAGGUCCAUCGCUACGAAAAGCGUGCCUAGUCAAGAAGUUGCAAAACUCAGCUCGCUCAUAGGAGUGACGGAAGCCAUCGCGCCAUCCAUAUACAUGCCUACCUCCAGUCUCAUCUACGUCAAUUCUAUGGACACUUUUCCUGGAGCAUUUUACCUUUUUGAUGCGUCGCUAACAGUCGUGGCUCUUGGACUAUUUGUGAUUAUCUACAUAUUGGUAAAGCGGAGACAGCGGAAUAGGGUCAUCAACCCAGUAAUCAAAGAACAAUUUGCAAGGGACAACCCUACUCUUGAAGUUUCUAGAAUUUAAUUUCUAUCUAUAAAUCAUAUUUAAGGUCUUUGCCCACUACGCCGUACCAUACCAUGACCGUACUAGGAGUGUAUCAGACAAAAACAUAUUCUUUGUAUGAAAAGGUAUGAGACCUGGCCAACUAGCCCGUUCCGUCGCCGUCGCGUGCCAUGCACGGCGCGUGUCCGCACACUCCGCACCGUCAAAAAUAUUCUCGCCGACAAUAGUUGCCGGGCCGUGCAUGGCACGCGACGGGACGGUCGGUGACGAAACGGGCUAAUGGGCAAGGUCUUAUACGUUUUCAUACAAAGAAUAUUUCUUGGACGGAUACGCUCUUAGCACGGUCGUGGUAUUGUACGGUCUAGUGGGCAAAGACCUUUAAUAUUUUACAUACCUAAGUUUCAAAGAAGGUUUUAUAAGUUAUAAGCAAUCCAAGAGCGAUAGAGAUAGCUACAAAAGAGAUAGUAUUAUCGUAAGCGUUUGUGCAUUCGGUUACGUACCAUAUUUGUGAGAGAGCCUUGGCAGCUCCGACACAUUUGAUGGCGACUGUCCAUAAAUCGUGUCAUUCACAAGUAUAGUCAACCAAUUACCCUAGGCCACUCUACAACCAUGUCAAAAUUACAAGCAGUAAGAGAUUUCUUACAAUCUGAUGUAUAACGUCACUAUGACAUAGUUGCAGUGGCCUUGGGUUCCAAUUGGUUGACGUACGCGUGCCAUAGUUCAUAUUGUCAUGCCAUUAAGACGAUACAGGAGGGGUCAAUUCUCCAUACAAACACACUCUUGCUCUUGACUAUUUUCUCCCUGGUUUUUGAAGAUAGAGCAAUGAUUUUUUCAAAACAGAUUAUUAUUAUUUUUAUCUGUGUCGAACCGUUUUGAUUUUUUUGAUAUUCUUCUUUUAAAGCCCGUCCCGUCCCGCCGUUAGAGCCCGUCGAAAAUUUUAAAAAACGGCCUUAUUGAUUAUGGCGCAAAAAAAGGUGUGGUAUUCAAAAUUGGUAACAAUUAGCCAAAAAAACUAAACGGUUCGACACAGAUAAUUUCAUUGUUAUUCAGAUUCUCAAAUUUCGUUACGAUUGAUUAAGUUUUGAAGGAGAAAACAGUCGAGAGCGGAACUGAGUUGUUCUGAAUGGGCAAUUGUUUUUUAGAUAAAUCUAGUUAAUACGUUAAUAAUACACUAUAUUCAAUGAAAUUCCCAAAUUGAAAGGGGGGCUCCUUUCCAUUUUAGCAUUUUCGCUCCUGUAGCGUCUUACCCGGUGAUAAUGAAUUAGCGUAGUCUCUUUCUAGGUUAAUGUGACGUUAAUUGUCUCUUUCCAAAGACCAAUGUUCAUUCUUUAUCGCCGUUUACUGUAAAAGUUAAAUUUGUAAACAUUUGCGCAUUAUCGUGAAUGAUACGAUCUAGCUUAAAGAUUUUUAUUUAGUAGACUGACUGACAUUAUUGGCUGAGCAAAGAAUGUUUAGAAUUUCAUUAGAAUAACAUUUUCUCUGCAGGCGCUGAUAAAUGUUCAUAUUUAAUACAAAAUGGUGUCCAUUAACACACAACUUUCGAACCAUUAAAUUGCAAUAAAAUGCGGGUUUUGGAAAGUCGAACUUUUAUUGGCAAUUUAUUUCAUAUGAUCCAACCCAACGCCGCUCAACCUGUUUAAUAUUGUUGAUGAUAACAAAAGACAUAUAGUGUCGGUUAUUUAGUGGACACCCUGUAUAAUUUUGGUUAUCCAUAAUAUAUAGGUAUAUAAAAUGUCAGAGGUAGAGGCUCCAGUACUCGGUGACUCCAUGAUGAAUUGAAGACAUGUUCCAAAAAUCUGUAUCUCUCGGUCUAGAGGUACUUAAUAAAAUAACAUCAAUUUCAUUCGUCGAAUAAAAACAACAUUUUAUCGAUUUCAAGAGGAAGAAACGAUGAUUCUAAUGAAAAUAAGCAAAUUGUAAGUGUUUUUACAACAUACAGAUAAGUGUUGUUGAGAGUUACCACUAUGGAAUGAUUAGUAUGAUAGUAAUGUAAGUACUUUUAAUUUAUAAUAAAUAAGACUGUAAUGCUGUGAAAUUAAAGAAUA